CACUUCUCUUGAUGCAGCCAACGGUGCUGUUGGCUUUCUGGGCUGCAAAUGUGUGUUGCUGGGCCAUGCUGAGCUUGUGCAGAGCUGUCCCUUUUCUAGGUUUGAAGUCUGAAUUACUGAACUUGGCUAGCCUUUUGAAAGUGUCGAUGAGCAAACACGUUCUUAUCCUUUGUGUUAGAAAACUUCAGGUCUGAGCUCCAAAGCACACUGUGUUGGGAUUGCUGAAUUAGUAUUUUUUGUAGAAGCUCUUAGUUUUAUUGUAUGUUUUGAAAGCGGAUGAACCAUUUUAUCUGGAACUUCACAGGAACCUCUGAGGCAGUUAUCUGCUGCUGCCAGACUUCAGUGGUUCAGGCUGGGGCUGUCCAGACUGUGAGUAAUUGGUGGUAACUUCAUAGUGGAAACUGCUUGCAGCUUUAGCUGAUCAUGUUUGUCUUCAGCUGUCUAAGGGAGCUCUCCUUGUGCCUAAUUACAAGGAGGUACGAGACUGCAGAUCAGUUAACAGCAUAGCUGGAACUUAAAGGCUAUGUAAAAAUCAGCAGGAGGCGGGUGUAUAUUUCACUAUUAAAGUGCCAUACAAUGGUUUUGUGUCUUUUCCAUGAUCUACAGAGAAAGGCAUUUUAGUACCAGUAUGAGAUUGGUAGUAAGAGGUUGAGUGCUACAGAACAAGUACACAAGCUCACACUAAGCAAAUAAUGUGCUAGGUAUGAUUCCACAUUUAAGAAAACAGAUACUGAUUGUGCAAGUCUGGCUUGCUGAAGCUAAAGUUCUGCUGCUGUUCUCAUACUUUUCUGAGAUAUGUAGCUGAAAUUGCAGGAGCUGAGGAAAUCAUGCAACAUCUGUUGAUUCCGAAGGGACGCUGGAUGAGAGGAAAAGGUACAAGACUAGUUAAUUAAGCACCUGUAAGCCUGUUAAUCUCAGGAGUUUUUCCUGCCCUUGUGUCUAGGAUGUGUCGUCAUUUUUUAUAGAGAACUAGGAUUGGGGAAGCAAGCAGUCAAGGGUCUAGUGCCUUGAGAUCAUCUUUUCCCUGUGGUGCAUCUAGUGAUAGCUUUUCCAGUGCCUACAGGUUGGAUUUUCUAUCUUCAGUCACUUUUUUUUGCUCACUGUUUUGCCAAAUGUUAUGUGUCAGACUGACCUCAGAUCUUUAAGACUUUUUCCAUGGGAGUAGAGAUGACUGCAAAUAAUGCAUUUUACAGGGACUUCUGUGAAAUUUAUCACAUGGAUAGUCAUACCUCCUUGGUGUACAUCUUUCCUGUAACUUUCCCUGGAAAGUUGAGGAUUGCCUUACACAAGGGUUCCUGUUACACUGUCUGGGUGACUCAUUGAUGUGUGUCAGUUGGUAAUCCUUACACAGAAAAUCCUGGAAUAUCUGAAGUCCAUAUGGCUAUGUAUGAUGAAGAUAUCUUGAAAAAUCCCUUUUAUUUGGCCAUUCAGAAGCGACGUCCUGAUCUCUGCAGCAAAGUUGCAGAACUCCACGGUAUUGUGUUAGUUCCAUGCAAAGGAAGCCUUUCAAGCAACAGUCUUUCCAGCUGCCAGUUUGAAUCUUAUGUCCUGAAGCCGUUAAAAGAAAAUUUUCAAACCGUAAAUGGAAAGGAGAUCUUCAUACAAGGAAACCUCAUCAUUUUAGGAACUGGGUUCAAUUAUCAUCUCUCGGUACCCGUUCUUUUUGAGGAAACAUUUUACAAUGAAAAGGAAGAAAGCUUUAGCAUAUUGUGCAUAGCUCAUCCAUUGGAAAAAUCGGAAAGCUCAAGUGAAUCUACAGCUUCAUCAAACUCCUAUUCUCUUAAAAAUAUCGAAGAUGUUAGAGAAUUCUUGGGAAGACAUUGUGAGAGAUUUGAUAAAUACAUAGGAUCUUUCUAUAGAACAUUUAAAGAACAUGAAAGGAAAAGCCUGCGCCACUACAUAGAUUCUGUCAAUGCACUUUAUACCAAAUGUCUGCAGCAUCUUUUGAGAGAUUCGCACUUGAAGAUGCUUGCCAAGCAAGAAGAGCAGAUGAAUCUGAUUAAACAAGCAGUUGAAAUGUAUAUCCACCAUGCUAUUUAUGAUCUAGUCUUCAAAUACGUUGGGACUAUUGAGGCAAGUGAGGAUGCUGCUUUUAACAAAAUCACGAGGAGCCUUCAAGACCUGCAGCAAAAAGACAUUGGAGUGAAACCAGAGUUCAGUUUUAAUAUACCACGUGCAAAGCGAGAACUGGGUGUGUUGAACAAAUGUACUUCCCCUCAACAGAAGCUACUUUGUCUACGAAAAGUGGUACAAAUUAUUAUGCAAUCUCCUAGCCAAAGAGUUAACAUGGAAACCAUGUGUGCAGAUGAUCUUCUCUCUGUUUUGCUGUAUUUACUUGUAAAAACAGAAAUCCCAAACUGGAUGGCCAACUUGAGUUACAUAAAGAACUUCAGGCUUUGCAGUUCAGUGAAGGAUGAAUUGGGAUACUGUCUAACCUCAAUUGAGGCUGCGAUAGAAUACAUACGACAAGGCAACCUCUCUGACAGAUCAACAGAAUCUGAGAGACUGUGUGACAAGCUGCUUUUAAGACAAAGGAUGAACUUGUUGUCCCAGAUGUCUGCUACUCCAAUAGAUUGCUUAUUUAAGCAUAUUGCUUCAGGUAAUCAGGAGGAAGUGGAGCGAUUACUAAGUCAAGGUGACAGUGAUAAGGACACUGUACAGAAAAUGUGUCAUCCGCUCUGUUACUGUGACAAAUGUGAAAAGCUAGUUUCUGGGAAACUGAAUGAUCCUUCCAUUAUCACUCCAUUUUCCCGAGAUGACCGGGGGUACACACCACUUCAUAUAGCUGCUAUUUGUGGGCAAACAUCAUUAGUGGAUUUACUAGUAGCCAAAGGAGCCAUCGUCAAUGCCACAGAUUACCAUGGUUCAACUCCACUUCACCUUGCCUGUCAGAAGGGAUAUCAAAAUGUUACACUUCUCUUAUUGCACUAUAAGGCAAGUACUGAUGUUCAGGACAAUAAUGGAAAUACUCCACUUCAUUUAGCCUGCACUUACGGUCAUGAGGAUUGCGUCAAAGCUUUAGUCUACUAUGAUGUCCAUUCCUGUAGACUAGAUAUUGGUAAUGAAAAGGGAGAUACUCCUCUCCAUAUAGCUGCUCGUUGGGGCUAUCAAGGGAUCAUAGAAGUGCUUUUGCAAAAUGGGGCAAAUCCAGAAAUUCAAAACCGGAUGAAGGAGACUUCCCUACAGUGUGCACUAAAUUCCAAGAUUUUGUCAUUGAUGGAAUUAAACUAUCUAACGUUUGAAAGAGGACAGAGUGCUUCUGAGUCACCGCUUAGGUCCCCUCAGCGCUCAACAGAAACUUUCAGCAGAGGAUCAUCUGUCUCAAGCCUGUCCUCAGCAUCAACUGAUAUAAGGCAAGAAGAAGUAAAAAAUAGUUACAAAGAGGUGGAAAAACUCCUAAGAGCAGUUGCAGAUGGAGAUCUGGAAAUGGUACGUUAUCUCUUGGAAUGGAUGGAGGACGACUUAGAAGAUGAAGAUGACACAGCCAGUACAUCAAAACCAGAAUUCUGCCAUCCAUUAUGCCAGUGCUCAAAAUGUGGGCCAGCACAGAAGAAAUUUGCCAGGAUCUCUGCUAAUGGACUUGGAGUGAAUGUUUCAAACCAAGAUGGUUUCACACCGUUGCAUAUGGCUGCACUGCAUGGACACUCGGAACUUGUCUCUCUCCUGUUGAAACAUGGAGCCAGUGUCAGUGCCAAGAACGCAAAACAUGCAGUUCCUCUUCAUCUAGCUUGCCAGAAAGGUCACUUCCAGGUGGUAAAGUGUCUGAUGGAUUACAAUGCUAAACAAAACAAAAAGGAUAUCUAUGGAAAUACUCCUUUAAUUUAUGCAUGCUUGAAUGGUCAGUAUGAGACUACUGCCUUGUUGUUAGAGUUUAAUCUUGCUCUCCAGCAUGGAGCUUCUGUUAACCUUUCUAAUGCCAAAGGAAAUACAGCGCUGCACGAGGCUGUGAUAGGAAGGAACGAAGCCCUGGUAGACUUGCUGCUUCAGAACGGUGCGAUGACACACAUAAGGAACGAUAGGAACUGUACCCCUGCAGACUGUGCUGAGCCGAAUUCAAAUAUCAUUAAGUUGCUGGAAACAGCACCAAGCUAUGUACCUACAUCAGCAGAGAGAGAAAAGGAGUGUGACCAGCAUGCUACUAUCAAGAUAAGAAAAAAAGUGAAUUCUAAGCCCUGUGAGAAAGCCGAUGAUCCCAUAAGCAGACAACUCCAACUGGUCCAAUCAAUUAACAGAUUUAACAAAGCAAAACAUUUAAGGAGAACAAUAACAAGAGAUAAGAGCGUCCCUAAUUUUGACUAUCAGUUAUUGCAUCAGUUGGCUAUUAAAAGCUUUGAUAAAACGAAGUUAAAAUCUGUUGAAACGCUGGACCAGAGCAAAGCUAAGAUUAUUGACACAGGAUGCAGUGGCGAGUUUGUUAAACAUGAUGAUGACACGAUAGAAGUUCCUCACAGGAGUAAAUUAAUGCACCGAAGACAUACUGUUAAUGUGCAGCUUCCAGAGGAGGAUGUUGACGAUAGUUUAUCCAGCCCUAGAAAUCCAAGUAUUUCACAAUCAAGAGACUGCUGUGAUGACUUGCUUUCGAAACACUGACAAGGAAGUGUGAAUUUGAUGUCAAAAGCUGAGGAACUACGUGGUGUUAAUUUCAAUAACCCUUUUCUGCACAUCAAAGAAUUCAGCGAUGCUUGCAAGCCUGCCUUCAGAACAGGAUACAGGGGCGACUCUUCAGCAGAAACAGAAUGUUCCUAGCACUUUCAAAGACUGAAUCCUCUGUGUAUGUUGGAGGUAACUAACUACACAGCCAGAUCAUUACUGAUCUCAAUGAACAGGGAUGUACUAAGACGUAGGCAGCAGAAUUAAUUUCCUAUGCUACUUAGCACUUAUCUAAAAGAAUUCUAUGUAACAGUAAACCAAAUUAAACCCUGUAUUGUAUUUUUCAGCCACCCACUUUGUUUUUAAAAGUAUUUGAAUAAUUUUCAGUUUUUAUCACUACAUUGGAUAAGUAUAUAUAAAUAUAUAUAUUUAUAUAUAUAAAGAUAUAUUGAAUAACAAGCUAUUUAUUGCCAGAGGUAAUUGAAAUGUCUCUAUUUUUAUUGUAAUGUUACAAAGCAUUAUAGUAUAUAUUUCUGUAUAUUUCAGUAAAUGGGAGAACAAUAGUCCAGAACAUCUGCGACGCUGCAUUAGAAAUUUAUACAUGCUAUUAAUGUGAAAGAGUAUAAUCCUCGCCAAUUUCUUUGCAAUGCUCCCUCCCCUGUACCGGAUCUGCAAGAUCAAAUUCUUGCAAGGAGCCAGGAUACUGGGGAAAAAGUAGAGAGCCCUUGACAACGCAGAACUUUGGACUUGCUGUUCACAGCCUAAUUAAAAAAAAAAAUAAUUAAAUGCAGAAGCAAGGAUGUGUAAGGACACACAAUACUGUUUUAAGUUGGUGGGGUUUGUUUUUUUCCCCAUCCCCUAAAACAGGUCAUGCAAAAAUGCACAAAUAUUCAUGAUUCUGAACCUGGGCAAUACAUGCAGACAAAACUGCUUCGGAGACUGCUCUUUAAAAAGGUGAAAUUCCAAUUACUCUGAAAGGUACUUCUUACGUCAGUAAGCAUCUGUUGAAAUAGGCCAAACAAUACCCCCUUCCUAGAGGUAGUCAUCAAAGAACUGAAAGCUCGCAAGUAACUAUGAGAUGGCUGCUUAGAUUUGAACUUCGUUUUCUACGGUUUCAGUUACGGUAGGAGAACAUGUAAAUAGCACAAGCCAGGUUACUAAGCGCAGAUUUUUUUUUAUUCUUGGUUCAUCACAUCCAGCUUGCAUUUUAUUUCAUAAAUAUUUUUAUGAAUAAUUCUAUUUCUUUUAACUGUGGUAUUAGUAAACUGCCUGGCAAAGUACAAAGCUGGAAGACGUGCUGGUGACUUUUUCAAGGAACUUUUUAAUCCAAGAGGUAAAACAUGCAGUUAGUGCACACAUGGACAUUUGCAGAUGAGGGUCAUGUGUUUAUUUUUCUAAUAAUUUAUGAGUUUAUCUGAUUUUCUAAUGUGCCUUGGAUUUGUGCCAAAUGAUGGAAAGAAAAACCUAGUAAAAUAACUCUUGAAAAUGC